CCUUUUCUCUCUCCCGAUAGGCCAGCUCGCACCAUACUAGGGUGUCCCUGUCAGCGUGCACCGCAAGGAGCUUGUUUCAUUCGAGAGGAAAAUGGCGAGUUUGUGUGUGCGAGCGGCGCGGCAGAGCUUCUCCUACGCCACCCUGGCCACCAUUGGGAGAGCAUCCCCACGGCGGUUAUGCACAGCAGCCUCCGGGCUGAAGGACGGCAACAGUGCAGGGGAGAAGAGUGAGAAGCCCGAGCAGAGUGCGGUGGAGAAGGUCCUGGCGGAGAAGACCCAGCUGGAGGAGCAGCUCAGGGAAAUGACUGAUAAGUACAAGCGAGCCUUGGCAGAUACAGAGAACCUCCGGACGAGGCAUCGGGGGAUGGUUGAGAAUGCUAAAUUAUUUGGUAUUAAGGACUUCUGCAAGGACCUGCUGGAGGUGGCCGACAUUUUGGAGAAGGCGACAGAAAGCGUGCCCAAAGAGGAAUUGACAAGCCACAACAUUCACCUGAAGAACCUUUACGACGGCCUGGUGAUGACGGAGGCGGCGAUCCAGAAGGUGUUCACCAGGCACGGCCUCGUCAAGCUCAACCCUGAUGGUCAGGUGUUCGACCCGUACAAGCACGAUGCCAUCUUUGAGAUGGUCACAGAGGGGAAAGAGCCCGGCACUGUCGCCGUAGUGACCAAGGUGGGCUACACGCUUCACGAACGUGUUCUCAGGCCGGCAGAGGUGGGCGUGGUCAAAGCCCCCUAGGCAGGCGAUUGAGACUGUAACCAUGCACACUGGGCUUCCUGUGCCAGGUGAAGAUUGGCUGUGUUCGUCUGUAAUGGGACAGUAAACAAAAAUGAUUUCAUCACAACUUGUCUUUAGUUUAAUCUGGCGAUCACUAGCCACUUUUUGGCAAAAGCCAUUCAGUAGAAAGUGAGUGUCAAUUGAAAUGUUAACUUCUUGAGGAUGACUAUGUUUCUGUUGAGUUGGCACCUUGUUAAAAACAGUAAGAAACUUAUAAACCUCAAGGGGCAUUUUUAAACAGUGACAUAAUUGUCUGUGUGAACUCGAAACCAUCAAAAGAUUUGCUAAUGAUGAAUAAAACCAACUUACAAUUGAGCGGCAGGGAAACUUUAGGAAUCAUUCCACAUUGAUCUCUUCUUACGGUCCUGCAAGCAGAACAAUGUUACAGUACCUCAACCUAAAGUGACAUUUGCAUUGACAACAUCAAAAUAAAACUGACACAACUGUCAUCUUAUGCCAGUGGCUUGCUUGUUUGCGCCUGUCAAUCACAGCAGAGGACAUUUUAUAUUCAACAUUAUGCAUGUUUAAUAAAUUGUGCACACAUACCACCAUGUCGUUUAAGGACAUCUUUGCCAUAUAAAAUUAGUUUUAAUUACAAAAGCUAUCAAAAAUUCCAUGACAAAAUCAUGUACAGGUCACUAGUUAUUGUCAUUUCAUAAAUUAUUUACAUGUCGGUAGAUAAUGUAAGCAAACUUUCCUUACUCAUAUUUUCAGAGUCACAAUUUAAGGGCACAAAGUUGCAAGGUGACAAGAAUGCAAUUACUAUCAAUAAAUAUGUGUUGGGGGACUAUUAUCAACUGCAAAUUAAAAUUGGGAGUAAAAUCAAAACUAGGACUGAGCACUUUGACAGGGACGUCACAUUCAACCGCACUGACAUUUUACAGGUGACUAAAACACACCUGGUUGUGCCUUACACAUUAUUUCAACUGGCUCGGCUCUAAAAAGAGGCAGUCAGCCGCAACCAAAAGUGCACUGGAAAACAAUUAAAUGACUUUUUUCUAUUGGGGGGCAAAAUCUAAUCCCUUUGUUUCAUCUGGUCAACCGUGCAAAGCAACUCCAACCCUGAAAAAAUGUGAAUUUCAUCAAACAGGUCGCUGGUCUUUUUGAUAUGGGGAGCCUAUGAGGUGCUCCUUUA